UCUGGUACAUGCACCUUGUCCAAAUAUGUUACAGUUUUGGCCAUCAAGAAUGAGUACAUUGACGUGCAGGCUCUCCAGCCCAAGUACAGUUUGCUACAUCAACUCACACAGCAAAAGUUGGCAGACCCAGGUGACUAUGUGUCUGCUCAGAUAUGCAUGAGAGCCCAUCAGCAAGGCUAG